CACUCUUCCUCAUAAAAAAAAACCCAAUUCUCUCUCUCCAAUUUCUCUCUCUAAGCUUCUUCAAUGGCGAUCGAUGUCGCCGGCUUCUCCAAAGACGCCUCCACCAUAGAGGAAGCCGCAUCCGCCGGCCUCAAGACCAUGGAGCAUCUGAUCCGCGUCAUGUCCACGUUGUCCGACAAAAACGACAGCAACCAAACCCAAACCUUAGCCCUACAUCACCUCGAUUUCCGCGAAGCGACCGACUUCACCGUUGCCCGAUUCAAGCAGGUCAUCUCGAUCCUCAACCGGAGCGGCCACGCCCGGUUCCGCCGCGGUCCGGUCCGGCCGGAGAAGGAGGCGGCGAAGUCCUAUGAUUGUAAGGCGUCUUCCUCCGCCACUGAGUCGAGGUCCGAGUACUCGGCGAGUCAGUACUCGUCGACGUCGUUUGUGUCUUCCGUCACCAGAGACGGCAGCGUUUCCAAUGGUAAGGUGGGGCCCGCGCUCUUGCCCCCUCCGGUUCCGGCUGUCCCCGCCGGAAAACCGCCGCUCGCUGGCCGGAAAAGGUGCCAUGAGAGCGCUCUCUCCUGCGACGUCGCCGGAAAAACCAUCUCGGCUUCUUGCCAUUGCCACAAAAGAAGGAAAAACAGGUUCAAAAAGUCAAUUAGAGUUCCCGCAAUUAGCUCAAAGAUUGCAGAUAUUCCUCAAGAUGAGUAUUCAUGGAGGAAAUAUGGUCAAAAGCCGAUUAAAGGCUCGCCUUUUCCACGUGGGUAUUACAAGUGCAGUAGCGUGAAAAGCUGCCCCGCUAGGAAACACGUGGAGCGCGCUAAGGACGAUCCCGCCAUGCUGAUAGUCACCUACGAGUGGGAGCACCGUCACCCUAGCAUGUUACCGACCGAGGCCGCCGCAGGCGCUGAAUCGCAAGCACCAGAAAGAGCCGUUGAGGAAACUGCAAAUCUGAGCCGUGGUGGAUGUACUAGAGGUCGUGGACCUCAUGGUCGUAAUGAUGGUGGGCGUGGAGGAGAGGCAAGUGCUAGUACAAGUGUUGCAAGUUCUAAGAAGAAAUGCAAGCGCACAUCAACAGUUUGA